AUGAGUUCGGAAGUCAGUACUGCAAUGUCGGUGGAGUCCGAUAGAUCCAGAUGGCGGACUGUGAGCAUGACAGUAGGAGGUGACGAUUGUGAAGAUGAAACCGAAAUGAACGACCUCAGGGAAAGUUUACGUGCAUGGAGUUCAUUAGCUAGUCCAUCGUCAAGUGCAGUUGACCAGCCAGUGAUUGAAUUUUCGCCGGACUGUGAUUCUGACUUCGACGCAGUGCUCAGCAGUGUCUUUGCAGAUAAUCGUUUGUUUCAACCACUUUCGGAUGAUACAUUUGUUGAAGAAGUUUUUGUGGAAAAAAAACCGAAAAUACUGAAUGGCUAUUUAUUUGGAGAAAGAAUUGGGGAAGGUUCUUAUGGGAAAGUGAAAGAAGUGCUGGAACAAGAUACUUUAGUUAGAAGAGCUGUCAAAAUCAUCAAAGAAGCACGACUGAGGAAAAUCCCGAACGGUCAUGCUAACGUUGAGCAGGAAUUGAGAAUAUUAAAGCGAGUGCGACAUCGCAAUGUCAUUGCUUUACGCGAUUUUUUUCGUGUUGACGACAAACAGAAAUUGUAUAUGAUAUUGGAGUAUUGUAUUGGUUCGAUGCAGCAGCUCCUAGAUGCUUCCAAAGAAAAGAAGUUGCCUGAGUAUCAAGCACAGUAUUUCUUUAGACAACUUUGCGAUGGCUUAGGUUAUCUCCAUGCUCAUGGUAUAAUACACAAAGAUAUUAAACCGGGUAAUCUUCUGGUCGCUUUGGAUGGAACUCUCAAAAUUAGUGAUUUUGGUGUAGCCGAAAUGCUCGAUACAUUUCAAGCAGAAGAUUGGUGUACAGUGGUUCAAGGUACUCCUAAAUUUCAACCGCCUGAAAUCGUUUCGGGAACCUCCGAAAAUUACCGAGGUCAGAAAGUUGAUAUUUGGGCUUGCGGUGUAACGUUGUACAACAUGGUGAGUGGUGAAUAUCCAUUCGAAGGUGACGUCAUCAUGCGCCUUUUUGACAACAUCGCUAAUCAACCCUUGGAAAUGCCGCAAAGUGUGGAGCUUUCGAAACCGUUGGAAUAUUUGCUUGCUGCCAUGCUUGAUAAAGACCCAGAAAGACGGAUAAAUAUGCAUGAAAUUAGAAGAUGCGAAUGGUAUAUGCAAAAAGUGAAUAUCGACGAUUUAUAUCGUGUUCCAAUAUCGGCAUGUAACAAUAUACCAGCUCAUCGUCCACUGAGCGUAUAUGUACAACUCGAUCAUCUUUAUGGAUCAACACUUGAAGAAGACGGUGGAUCACAGUAUUCCGAGGACCCUCGAAAUAUGCUUUCUGCAGUGAUUGUUGAACCAUCACUGGAGGAUCGACAUGUUGGGGAACAAGUACCACUCAAUGACACAAAACGAAAUCGAAGCAUAUUAUCUAUGUGUAUGGGUUUAUCGCGGUCUCCAUGA